GUACAGUGUGUAAUGCUAAAACGAUUACCGUAUCUUUCAACUGACGUGACCGGGUGAGCUGGGCAGGCAGUCGUGAUCACGGCUGUGGAUGCAUCUAAAGAGGGUCUCAGAGCUAUCCUCUACCAGCCGCAAUAGGGAAAACUGAGAGUCAUCAGUUACAGCUCAAGAACCCUUACACCUGCAUUCAGUGCCAUCCUUUGAACUGACACCAUUGGCCAGUAUUUGCUUGUUGAUGGUUGAUGUACCUGUACAGGUCUGCGUAUACUAUUCCUCAUUGAUGUGAGGUGAAUGAAAAGUCUUUCUCUGUGUCUUGGUAUCAGCACCACUUAAGGAUGGCAGAAGGAGGAUAUGAUCCAUGUGAAUGUGUGUGUUCACAUGAAGGUGCUAUGCGAAGAUUGAUAAGUAUGCUUAGAGACUCUCAGCAGUCAUGUUCAGAUUCACAGUGUGACCUCGAGUUACCACACCCAACUUCUGAUAAUGAUGGCUACAUCACUUUUUCUCUGUUGAUGAUAACUGUCGGUUGGAUAGUUCUUGCCAUUAUUCUCUACCUAACUAGACCCUCCAUGAUGCAAGGGAGAGAAGACAAGAAGCAAAGACCAAGCAAUCAGCCGGCAUUGGGUUGGGCUGACACCGCUGAGGGACCGUGGACCCUGGAGUGUCGUGGCUCCAUGUGGAAGCUGAAUCUCGGGGAUCGACACUGGAACUGGGCUGUUCUGGCGCGGAGUGCGGAGGUGCUUGGCCCGACGACCGCGCUCUUUUAGGCAUGGCACUGACUGGGCGGGGCCUAAUUUUCUUCCUCUCUUGUGUUGGCUCCUUAAGGUAAUUAUACUCGGCCGAAUAUAAUUUGCCACUUUGCAUAUUAAUAUGUUUUUGCCGGCUUGCUAAUUUUCAGUGUAAUUAAUUGUGUUUGGCUGUGCUAAUGUAAAUAAUUUCCUUUUAUGC